UGCUUGUGGAAUCAAUUUGCAAGAUUUUUUUCUUUAUCCAGUUUAUUUUAUAUAUAAACAUUAUUAACACCAAGAGAGGAUUUUGGAGAAAACCUGCUCGUUUAUUAAUAUUAUGCUUAUUAUUUUAAUUAACAGCUUCUUUUGAUUUUGCACUUUAAAGGUUCGCAAUCCUGGAUUUAUUUAUCAAUGUUUAUUAAAAAUGGUUCAUCUCAUAAUGAAUUGUAGCUAACAAUUCAAUACGUGCAAGAGAAUAUAACUGUUUGUGUGUAGUCUUACAUUGCAAGUUGAAUGCAGUAAUGGAUGCAGAUAUACUCAGAGUAAUAUUACAAAGCUACAGUGAUGCAAAAAAUAUUAUUCAGUCUAACAAUGAUGAAAUUAUGCCGAAGGAAACUUUGCUCUGCAUAAAAUCUAACGCUGUGUCCAGUACUUUAUGUAUAUCGUUGAGCAAUCUUCUAUGUUAUAAGAUAUCCAAGGAGGCUUAUCAACGUUAUUCAAUUCGAUUAUUGAUUAUCGACGUCUUACGGAAAUGUUGCAGAAUGACAAGCAAUUUUAAACAUUUAAAGAUGUUUGUAUCUAAAGAAAAUAGUUUGAGGUUUAUGAAUAUUCUUUUGGACAAAUAUCUCACAGUCGAAGUUUUGAAUAAGUGCCACUCGGAAGACGUUUUGAGACAUUUAACUCUUUCUUUAAUGCAUCUGUCACUUAAGAAUGCAAUUUUUAUGCAUCACACUGAUCGAUUGCUUGUGAGACUUUUACAAAUGGAAGCAAACGAUCAAAUUAAUAGACUGUUACAUGACGCUCUCUGCUCAAACUUGCAUCUCAAACUAUCUACGGAGGAAGAAAUAUAUGCUCUACAAAAAUUAAAAUUGAUAGAGGAACCUUUGCUCAAUAGUUUCGUAGACAUGUUUUCCAAUUUAAAGGGCACAAAUCAUGUAGCUACCCAAUGUAACGAGGAAAUGCUAAACAAAUUAUUGGACUUUAGCGCCAGAUCUGCGUAUAUUUUUCAAUUAAUGUGUAAUUUUUUAAAGGAAUUGUUAGUUAAACUGCAAUAUGCAUCCGCUGUUCUGGAUUUCACAAGUUUGAUGUUAAAACGGGUAUCUAUUUGUUGUGAAAAUCACGGUAGAGAUAUAUUGGACCUUUAUCCCAGGAAGCUGCGUUUUUGUGUAAUUUUAUUAAGGAUAAAGCCCAAGCACCAUACAGUGCACACACAAAACUAUACACUACAGACUAUGAAACAAAUCUACAAUGAAAAUAAGGACGUUUCAUUAAUUUUAAUAUCCCACUUUCUUGAGUGGCUAGAAUAUUUUACACAUUAUAUCACUAAUAUACAAAAUUGACUAGAAAGAAUGCAGCAAUAGAACCUUAUUUAAAUGUAAUUAUACUAAUGUUAAUGUUAAUGUAAUUAUUUUAUAUUUAAUUGCAGAAAUAU